UUGAAAUUCAGCAGUCGAAACUACAAACUCAAGACACAAAGUUUGAGGAGAUGGAAGCAUCGCAGCACCGUCUUGAAGCUACUGUUCGUGACUUGGCUGCUAGAAUGGCUGGAAAUAACAACUGAAGGAGGUGAGAUGAUGCAUGUGAGGAGGGCAUGUGAGGAGGGCUGGACAGAGGUUGCUGAUUUUGGGAUUCAAGUAGUUGGCUUGAGUUGCUGCAUGAUUUUGGGGUACUAAACUAUUAGGAACGUUAAUAUUUAUCAGGUGUAAGUGUCGGAUAAUGUUUAUAAGUGUAAGUGUCGGAUAAUGGUGUUUAGUAAUGCUUGUUAUGUAGCAGCAGAUUUUUGGCAAACAACAGAUAUUAGCCAUUUUGUGGUUUGAAUGAAGAAGCUUGUUUUUAUGUCCAACAGCUCCUUGGGU